GUCAUGAGAGCAAGAUUCCGGCAAGAUACAUCACAAUAGGUGGAAUUUUGUCUACCGGAAUCUUUCUAUUUGUAUGUCUCCUCUCACUUUAUUUCUGUUGCAAUAGACAAUUGAACAUUUCAAUCUUUCAUGGGAAGAAUGGAUCAAGAAAAGAUCCAAAGCUAGAGGCCUUCAUUGAGAUGUUCAAGCACUUGGCUCCAACGAGAUAUAGCUACUCCAAUGUGGAGAAGAUGACCUCUUGCUUCAGUCACAGAAUAGGUCAAGGUGGUUAUGGUGGCGUGUACAAAGGGAAGCUUGAAAAUGGCUGUCCGGUGGCAGUGAAGGUCUUAAAUAGUUCUAAAGGCAAUGGCAAAGAAUUCUUCAGCGAGGUUAUCAGUAUUGGUUGCACCUACCAUAUUAACAUCGUGAGCUUGCUAGGCUUUUGUAUGGAAGGGUCCAAAAGAAUUCUUAUAUAUGAGUUCAUGGCCAAUGGAUCACUUGAAAAGUUCAUUUACACUGAGAAACAAGCAAUACCAAGUCUGAAAUGGGAGAAGCUAUUGGAGAUUGCAAUUGGCAUUGCACGGGGCUUAGAGUACCUCCACCAUGGCUGCAAUAUCGGAAUUCUACAUUUUGACAUUAAGCCACAUAACAUACUACUAGAUGAUGAUAUGCAUCCAAAAAUAUCUGACUUUGGGCUAGCCAAAUUGUGCCGCUCGGCGGAGAGCAUCAUAUCAAUGGUGGGAGCUCGAGGGACUAUAGGAUACAUUGCCCCUGAGGUCUUCUUGAAGAACUCUGGAGGGGUGUCUAGCAAAUCUGAUGUUUAUAGUUACGGUAUGCUAGUGCUUGAAAUGGUUGGGGGAAGAAGAAAUCUUGAAGUUCAAGUAGACAACACCAGUGAGAUCUACUUCCCACAUUGGAUUUACAAGCAUCUCAACUUGGAUGGAAAUUUGAAGACUUUCAGGACCAUGACCGAAGUGGAAGAAGAGAUUUCUAGAAGGAUGAUUCUAGUUGGUUUAUGGUGCAUCCAGAUUAAGCCAACCGAUCGACCAUCGAUGAGUAAGGUUCUAGAUAUGUUAGAAGGAAGGAUUAUACAUUUGCAAAUUCCACCCAUGCCAGAUCUAUCUUCCUCCUCAAGACCAGCGGAGCAUUCUCAGACAAAUCAUUCCAAUGAAAUAAUAUCAGUAGUCACUUCUUAGAAUAGACUUAGAUUUGAACGUAUAAUUGGUAUAUUGACCACAGUGAUGUAAGCAUCCAAUUAUUUCUUAUGUUAUACAAAGAUUUAGAGAUGGGGUUCUAAAGGCCUAAUAAAUCUUUGAACCUUGAGCAAAUUUACAUUUUACUUUCAUA